ACAUUUAACAUGAAAUGCACAGUACUUGCUGUUAGAGCAAUACGAGGUUGAAAUAUUUGAGAUGGGCAUGCCGGGGCGAAUCGGCAAAGUGCUGCCAAAUCAGGUCGGAUCAUCAGCUGUGCCUUCUGCAGUCUCUCAGAUUCAACGAUGUCGAGACAAGGUGGAAAGCUGAAGCCUCUAAAGGCACCAAAGAAGGAUCACAAGGAGGAGGAUGAAGAUGACAAGGCCUUCAAGGAGAAGAAGAAGGCCGAAGAGGCUGCUGCGAAGGCUUUAAGGGAAAAAGCUCUCAAGGAUCGGGAAAGAAAUAGAAGGAUGAUUACUCUGUUGCACUCUUGUAUCAUCAGUCUCCAUGGUCAUCAACGAUCUUUCCAUUCAGUCUUAGCCUAUACUGGAUGGCUUGUAAAGCCCACUAUCUGCUGCUAUGAAACACAUGUUCUUGUAUUGAGUUGCAACCGGCAAGGAGGGGAGCAGAAGACUCUUCAGAAUCAGAUCCUUAGAUUAUGACAUCGCCUCGAGGUAACCUUUGGGCUGGGCCUUCCCUAC